CUUUCGGUGCAUGGAUCAUGUUUAUUGUCUCCAAUAAUCUUAUCAUUGGUACCGAAACAAUUCUAUCCAAAUGGUUGGACCGCGAACCGUGCCCAUUUAAGCUUUCUGUUUUCUUCUUUGUAAUGUUCACCCUUCAAGUUCAAGACUUUCGUGAUCAAAAAGGCGACUCAUUGAUCGGUCGCAAAACAUUACCUAUUCUUAUUGGUGAUGUCGCUUGCAGGCGUGUUGUUCCAUGGGAGUUUAUUAUUAUUGAAAUUAUUCUUUUUAUCGUAGCAAUGUGGACUUGCGUUAGAUUAAUUAAAUAUAGGAAUUCAGAUGAGGAUCGUAAAACUUAUGAACUAUG